AUGUCUUUAGAUACUAAAAACCAGAAACUUCAAGCUAUUGAAUUUGGAUGCAAAGAUGUUACAAGUGAUCUAGAAGAAACUAUUAAGAAUAUCGAUAGAUUCGAAAAUGAUCCUACCGCAUUAUACUAUCGAUUACCUGUAUAUUUAGGAUAUCUUAGUGAAGGAUUUUUUGAAAAAGACUUUGAAUAUCAGACUAGAGUAUCAAAAGUUUUCUAUCAUUUUGCAAAAGUUUGUAAGUUGAAAAAGGUAAAUAUCCAUCUCAGUACUGACAUUUAUCUUUUACCAAGACUUUUAACUCUAUUAGAGAAUUGUGAUAGGAAUUUUAAUGAUAACUGGCAAUUUUUGUAUAUGAUACUAUCUUGGUUGCAUCUUUUAACUAUGGCCCCGUUUAAACUUGGUAAUGAUAAUCAUAUUGUAAUGAUAGUUUCCACCUUUUUAAAUAAUCAAACAUUCUAUCCUAUUGUUUGUGGAAUAAUGUCAGAGCUAUUUAUGAAAAAUAAUGAUUUAAUUAGGGAAUAUAAUGAGAUAUUUAAAGAUACAGGUGUAAUAAAUUCAUACUUGAAAUUACUCGUAAGAAAACCGCAGAGGCAGUAUGUAUCUAUGGAUAAAAAUUUACUUGAUGAGAUAACAUCUAUAUGCCUAGAUGAUGAAGGGAUUCUAACCUCAGAAUACAAGGCUAUCAAUGUAGUGAAAAUAUUGCCAAAGCUUUUUAAAAUCUAUUAUUUCCUUGAUGAUUGGGAUUCUAACGAAAGGAUACUUGUGUGGAUACUCUACCAUUUAGAUUCGCCAUUCACAGAGUUCAGAUUCUCCAUAACACAUUCAUAUGGUAAAAUUGCAAGAUUUUUAAUAAAAGAUCAAAAAAAUGAUAGUAUGUAUGAUGUGUUGGUCGAAUCUCGAAUUGAGCAUACGACUGAAAUGCUAACUGGGUUUGAUUGGGAUAGUAUUGACAUUGAUGAAUUACAUUCUACACUUCUAAUAAUAGCAGAAUUAGCUAACACAGUUAAUUUUGAUAAUCUCAGAGUUUUACAAUCGAUCUCAAGUAACAUUUUGUAUAAAUCAUCAAAAUUUCAACAGAAACGUCUCAAUCAGAUUACAGGUACCCAUAUCAGAGAUGCGUCAAAUUAUAUAUGCUGGUCAUUAGCCAGAAGCAAAAGCCUACCGAUCCCAAUAGUGGAGGAUUUAUUUGUAACCCUUUUACUAAGUUCACUUUAUGAUAGAGAAUUGCUAAUAAGAAAAACUGCCUCUGCUGCAUUACAAGAGCUUUUAGGACGCCAUGGUAAAUUGAUUUUAGAUAAUGUCACAGUUUUGAGACUUAUUGAAUUACCCAUUACUGAUAUAAAAGAAUCCUUUAUGGAAAAUACUAUCAAGUUAUAUUACUUAUUAAGUGAAAAAUAUGAGAAUAUUUGGAAGCGUAUAUUAAACUGGAUGGUUACCUUCAAUAUUACUAGGAAUUAUGAUGUAAAAAUUGUGAAACUAAAUAUCGAAGCAAUAAAAAAAUUAAUUAAUGUUGGAGGACAUCAGGCAGCUGAUUGGAGUUUAGCUCAUUUAAGAUCCACUUUUUUGUUUGAAAAUGAAUCCCAGCUUUCAAAUACAAGAUUUGUUUAUUUCUUAACUGAACUUCAUGAUUUAUUAAAAUGGGAAAGUUUCCAUAUGGUAAUUGAUAAGGAUGUACACGAUAUUUUAACUCUAAAGAAGCAUAAAAAUGCAGAUGACCCAUGGGAAUCUUUUAGAAUUUUAACCAUAUUAAAAUAUUGGUCUCUAAAAUUAUAUUUUCAUCCCAAUGAGUUUAUGUUCAAUGAUUCAAGUGCUACAGUUUUGAUACAUAUAAUAAGGAGUAUAUCUAAUAAAUCCGAAUCAUUUAAACCCAUUAAAGGGUAUCUUCAGAAGAUCUUAAAGAAAUUAUCUGAAUCCUCAACAGUGAUUUCUUUCCAGCUAGAAGAAACGCACAGUAAAUUUUGGGCAGAGUAUCAGAAUAUGUUAAAGUUCAACGUUUCCUUAGCUUGCUCAUCUUUGCCUGCAUUGAAAGAGGACAUCUUUAUUCUCUAUUUCUAUGAAUAUCUACCUCAUUUAGACUGCCAAGGUAUCUCAACUGUUCUAGAAUCACUUGGCCACUACCUUCCAUUAGUCAUUGAAAAAACUGGAAAUCCUGUCUUGUUGAAGAUUUCUGAAUUUCUUGAUGAUUAUACAAUUACAGAACAAGGUGAUGUAGGCAGAUUGGUACGUAUUAGUGCUGUGAAGUUGAUUGGUAAUAAUCCGAAUUUAUUUUUUAAUAAUCUUCCUGAUCUUACCAAAUCAAUUAUUGAUAAAUUACUAAGAUUAAUGGGUGAGCCUCAAACAGAACUAAGAGUCUUAUCCUUUAAAAUCCUUUCUGAACAUUAUGAUUAUAAAUUCGAUCCUGAAUUAAACUUUGAUGGCUUGAUUCUUAGAUUUUAUGAUGACUGUUUUGAUAAAACAAACAAGGAAUUUUGGAAAGGGUAUCUUAUGAGUGGUGGAGCUAUUCAUUCAACUGAUACCCAAAUAAAAUCUGCAAUUGAUGAAUUCUUGAAAUAUUACUAUUCUUUGAAAACAGAUUUGGACAGGCUAGAAGUAUGCAAUAAUUUGAUUAGAAUAAUUCCAACUGCAAAGGAAAUUGAAGAAUAUAGAAAUAAUAAUUGUCCAAAAUCCUCAAAAAAUAAUGGAUCAGGCAGAGAUCUUGGUAAGGUUGCAGUAACCUAUUUACAAUUUUGGGUAAGAUUGUUUGAAUCUGGUAUUACAGUUGACCCAGCUUUCAAUUUUGCAGGUGUAUUUGCAAAAUUAUUUAACAUGCAACUAUUGAAAGGUUAUAAUUUAAUGAGAAUUCAGGCACUAAAAAUGAUGUCACAUCUACCAAUAGCACUUUCGAAAGGUAUGCAUGAUUAUAAGAACGAAUUAACCACUACAGUUGUUAAUCACAUGAUAAAAAUUAUAAAUAACAAGAACAAUAAGAAUAAUAACUUGAAGCUACAACAAUGUGCCAUAGAAGGUUUAGCACAAUUAUAUAUCGAAUUUGGAGAAUUUGAUAAGCUAAAUCUUUUGCAGAAAACAUGCAGAGAUCCUACGGCCAUAAUAAAUAUAAAGGAUAGUAAAUUAAUUAUUUGA